ACGAGUGCGGGGUUUGGAGAAGCUGCUGCUAUGGCAUUGAAUUUGUUAAGAUUCUUUGAUUUCCUUUCAUCUAAAUUUCAAACCUGCAACAUCUUACAAAUUAUGAAAUGGAAAUUGUACCCUUGCAAACGUUUUAACAAAAUUCUGUACCCGCAAUAUGGCCCGAUUUUAUCGACAGGAUGUCUAAAGAUAUGCCAUCAAUGGGUCCCUCAUAACGGAUACCACAGUGUGAUCAGGGAUCAGCCUGAUUUCACUUCAGGGACAGUGUGCCUUCAUGGAGAUGCUGCGGCCAGUUUAGAGAUGGGCAGCAAACAGUUGUCCAACGAACAGAACUUUUUAAAAUAUUUGAACAUUAGUAAAACAGCCAAACAGAUCUUUAAACUACUGAAAUCCUCAAAGUCCAUUACAGACACAAUGGCUGCUUCUGCCUUGCUUAAAAUAUCACAGGUUGAAACGGAUGAGAAUGAGCUGGGAAAGUCUGCAAUCCUGCUGGAGAAUGAGACAGUCAAGGCUUUGUGCUUCCAGUUUGAGCAGGAGUCUCAGAGGCUGAGCACCACGGCGUUGGUUACUGCACUGUAUGCCUGUAUCCAAUUGUACGUUGACCCGCAGAGCACACUUAUGACGAGAAUGUUGUGCGAAAGUCAAGAGCGGCUUGGCAAAGGUCAGAUGCUCAUUAAGGACUUGUGUUUGCUGGGUGAGGCUCUGCUGAAUUUGGAGGGCCCAGAAUGUGGAACAUUAAAGGAAAUAAUGGAGCAAGUUCAAGGACAGACAUUGGAGAACUGGACAUCUGAAGAGCUACCAAUGGUUUAUAACCUGCUGGUGGCUGGCGUGGGAAAAGGAGGAAAAUACCAGGAGCUGCUAAACAAAAUGAAUUCUCGUUCCCUUCAUUUCGCUUCCAGAAUGAGCCAUAAAGCCAAAUGCGACAUACUCAAUGCAAUGGUUGUUCUCAAGCAAACCCAAGCAAUUCCUUUGGUAAUUAAUCUCUGCAAACAUUCAGUACGACAUGUUCCUCAUUUCUCUGACCGGGAGCUCAUAAUAGUACUGAACGCUCUAAUAUGCUUUGGACUCAGCGACAGGUUUUUUAUUAAUGCCAUGGAGCAAAAUAUCCCGAAAAAAGCCUUUGUCAUGCAGCCCGAAGCAAUCAGUAAGAUGAUGCAACAUUGCAACCAGCAGCGGAUCCUUUCACCACCCAUAUUUGAUGCAGUUGCUGAGAGUUUUGUUUACAAUUCAGACAACUUUACAACUAAAGAAAUUGCCUUACAAAUAAUGCCAUUUGGCAGGUUAAAUUAUUUGCCUCCAAAUGUAGGUCAGCUGUUUCGAAAGAUUGAAGACCUAUUAAGGGGACGGUUUUCACAAUUCCAGCCUCGAACUCUACUGAGCUUACUUCACUCCUGUAUAUUAAUAGGACGAUUUCCUGUGAAUUUUGUGUCCAAAAUCUUUAGUCCCUACUUUCUGCAGCUGCUGGAAGCCCAAGGAACUGGACUAGACAAAUUUGUUCUGGCCCAACUAACCCAGCUGUUCAUGACAAUGAAACUAGAGUGCCGAAUUUAUGAGGGUCACAGCCUUCCUCCCAAGUAUCGGGUAAAAUCAUUUUUAACAGCAGGACAGUCGAUAGAAAGCUUGGUGGAUGAACAUCUCUAUGGCAAAGUGAAGAAUGCUCUGACUGACCUUCUAGGAGCAAGGAAUUACUUUGCUUCUCGAGUGCUGACACCAUAUGGCUAUACAUUAGACGCAGAGAUUCAACUGGAUGAAGAAGGAUAUGUGCUCCCUGCCUCCUGGCGUGAUGAGGUAUUCAGGAGAAUAGCACUGUGCAUUGAUGACCAGAGAAGAUUCUCAAUAAAUAGUCAAAAUCUCCUUGGAAAAGAAGCUAUCAAGCAGAGGCAACUGCGGCUGCUGGGCUACGAUGUUGUACAGAUUCCAUUCUAUGAAUUUGACAAGCUGCAGACCCAAAAGGAGAUGGUAGAAUAUCUUCACAAGAAGAUAUUUCCACACAGCUACAGACUUGCUUGGUAAAGUCAACCACCAUCUCAAACCCUAGUGUCUACUAGGAGACUACAAAUGAAGGCACACGUGCAAACUGGCACUCCAUUAAAAACUGAUGCACGGCAACUCUACAGGAUGAAUAAGUACCAAUGUUUCAGAUGAGCACAUAAUUGUGAUUUCGAUUAUUUACCAUAUUUUAAAUCAAUGAACAAAUGAAUGAAUAAAAUGAAAUAUUUUAUUAAA